AUGCCUACGGUGGCGGCGCGCCCGCCCCUCCCCCUCACCACGAUUCCGACCCACCGAUCCCAACCCGAUGCCGUCACCCUCAUCCACCUCCGCCGCCUCCACGCCCACGCCCUCCGCGCCGACGUCCACCACUCUCCCUUUUGGAACGACUUGGCCCGAUCCUACGUCUCCCACGGCGCCCCCAGGCUCGCCCUUCGUAUCGCCCUCCGCAUGCCCUCCCCAGACGCGUUCACCUUCCCCCUCGCCCUCAAGCUCUGCUCCGUCCUCUCGGCCUUCCCCUCCGCUCUCUCCCUCCACGCACUCCUCGUCAAGCUCGGCCCCGACGCCACAACCGUGCACUCUCUCAACGCCCUCCUCACCUUCUACUCCAAUUUUGGCCGCCUCGACCUCGCCCGCCAGCUGUUCGACCGAAUUACCCGCCGAACCAUCGCUUCGUGGUCGGCCAUGAUCGCCGGCUACGAUCGCAACGCCCAUCCCCUCGAGGCGCUUUUCACGUUCCAAGAGAUGUUGGACGCCGGCGCCAGCCCCGACGAGGCGGCCCUCGUCAGCACACUCGCCGCUUGCACCCACGGCGGGUGCCUGGAGUUCGGAAAAGCGAUCCACGCCUACGCAGUCGUAUACGGCCUCGGGCUCGAGUCCGUCGGCUUCGCCACUGCGCUGGUGGACUUCUACUCCAAAUGCGGCGAGCUAGAGCUCGCGACGGAAGUUUUCGAAAGAACGACGCAGAGAAACGUGCUGACCUGGAGCGCCAUGAUCGGCGGUCUAGCGAUGCACGGCCUCGGGGAGGAGGCCGUGGAGGUGUUCGAGGAGAUGGUGGAAGACGGUGUUAGGCCCACGGCGGUGACGAUGACCAACGUGCUCAGCGCCUGCAGCCACGCCGGGAUGGUGGACAAAGGCCUCACUUUGUUCAAACGGAUGAGGGAAACGCACGGGAUCGAGGCUAGCGCAGAGCACUGCGGUUGCAUGGUGGACCUCCUGGGCCGGGCGGGGCUCUUCGAUGAGGCCCUGGAGUUCAUCGCUGGGAUGCCUCUGAUGGCGACGGCCGCGAUCUGGAGGAGCCUCUUGGGGGCGGCGUGCACGCGCGGAGAUCUGGAGGCGGGGAGGUUGGCCGGCGAACGAUUGGCAGCCAUGGAGGAGGAGAUGGUGGCCGGGGACUACGUGAUGUUGGCCAAUAUCUAUGCGAGGUUUGGGAUGUGGGAGGAGGUGGGGAGAGUGAGGACGGCAAUGAACGAUAUGGGAGUCAGGAAGGUAGCCGGAUUCAGCUCGGUGGACGUCGACGGAGAGCUUCAUCGGUUUGUGAUGGGAGACAAGUCACACCCAGAAGCUCACCGGCUACACGAAAUGUUAAACCUUCUCAAUUUUGAGCUCAUGGAUCAGUGA